AUGGUUGAGAAGCAGACAGAGACAAUUCAAUGGCAUACUGAUACUCUCAAAAUUAGCUUUUUGGCCAAUAACGCCGGCGUCAUCUGCCUGGAUCGUAUCUUGCCAACCACCGUGGAGCCAUCUCCGCAUUCUUCACCCAAUUUUGAAUCUUCCAAGCUUCCACUUGUCAGCAUUCGUAUGAGCGGCGAAGGCAGUGGUGACACCAAGACGUCCAAGACGCUCAUUGGUACCACUCUUUCUGACCGACUGCGGUACCAGAGCCAUAGAAUCAUCAAAAGCGACGACGGCUCUAACGAGACGCUGAUUGUGGAGGGUAGCGACAAUACCACAAACAUUCAUGUGGAAGUUAGCUAUACCAUCUACGGCAGCAUUCUCGUGGUGCGCGCUCAAACCACCGUUAUGAACCAGUCCACCAAUAAUGUAGACAUCGUCCUCACCAACAUAUCCACUCUGACCAUCGGGAACAUGACGUCUACUUUUUCCCGAUGGUUUGAGGAUUACUCUCUCUUUGUUGGUCUCGACAACAACGGCAUCUUGGAGCUGGGAGACGGCCUCCUAGCUUCCCUUGCCCACUUCGAGCUGAGCUCCCGUGGUUCCUUUUCCACGGGUGGCCAUCUUCCCAUGGGCGCGCUCAAGCACCAUAGCAUCUACCUCGCCGCCGGUGGUCCAAUGCUGAGUAGCCACGGUUGGAAGAAACGAUUGUCGUCCGGCCAGUCCUUUCCAACUGUUUCAAUUGCCUGUUGUCGCUUUCAGGGCGACGAACAGGCAGCGUUUGCGGCCAUAACCGACUAUAGAAAGCAGAUUCGAAGGCCCCACAACGACAUGGAAAGGAUGCCAAUCAUCUUCAAUGAUUAUAUGAACUGCUUCAUGGGAGAUCCAGACGAAAACAAGGUCUGCGCGCUGCUGGAACUAGUCGUGCAGCUCGGUGCCGAGUAUUUUGUGAUAGACGCUGGUUGGUACGCCGACGACGGCAACUGGUGGGACGACGUGGGCCUCUGGGAGCCGUCGACCAAGCGCUUCCCGUCAGGCUUCAUGAAGCUCAUGGGCGAGAUCCGAAACAAAGGACUGAUUCCCGGCAUAUGGCUGGAGCCAGAGGUGGCCGGUGUACGUAGCCCUGUAGGCAGCCAACUGCCCAAUGAGGCCUUUUUCCAGGAGGACGGUUACCGUGUGGUGGAGAAACGACGAUGGACACUUGAUUACCGCCACCUCGAAGUCAUAGUCUGGAUGAACAAGGUCAUGCCAAAUCUCAUCGACCACUAUGGUGUUAAACAUUUCAAGUUCGAUUAUAACAUCGACGUGCUGCAGGGCACCGAUGUGGACGGCCAAGGCACUGCAGGCGCCGCCCAUCUGGAGCACCAGCACGCCUAUCUAGGCUGGAUAAGGGCACUUCUGGACAACUAUCCCGGCGUCGUCAUUGAGACAUGCUCUGGAGGGGCGAACCGUCUAGACUACGCCAUGCUAGCCGUUCACUCAAUCCAAUCUACGAGCGACCAGCAAGAUCCAAAGCUCUACGCUGCUAUCGCAGCCGCAUGUCCCACGGCUCAUAUGGGCCGCGUCUACCUAUCCGGCCGCGUCGACCUUCUCAGCGACGAUCAACUGGCCAUUGUCAAAGAGGGCUUGGAAGUCUACAAUAGUAUGCGAGGAGACCUGCGUCACGCGCAUCCCACGUGGCCCUUGGGUCUGCCCAAAUGGCACGACGACUGGGUGGCCCUUGCUUUGACUUCGGCAGACGGCAAGACUACCUACCUCGCUGUCUGGAGACGAGAUGGACCGACUGAAAUGACUGUCUCGCUUGGCAAGGGGUUGUGA